GGCAAAAGCACUCAAACAACCGGCAUUCGAUCCAUGCGCCGUCGACUCCGUCAUACAUACAAUUUUCCUGUCCUUUCUCGACUUUUUUGCUUUCGGUUCUUCUCUUGCCAUCUACCAUUGCACCUACAUCGGAGCUUUAUCAUACUCCAAACACCUUUCGUAUCCAUUGUUAUUGCUAGUCUUCUUGACACAGACCUUUUAAUCACACAAAAUGGCCAAGGGAGACGACGGAUUCAAGGACGGUAAGUGCUUCUCAAUUCACUGUGCCAUCCUAGCUUCGCAGCAGCUUCACUACCCUCGGUUGAAACCUCAAUCACUGCGGCUUCACUAGGCUCAUCGUUAACAAUGCCUUCGGGGUCCAACCUGGCAUGGCGCACCUCGUCCGACUACCGGUCGACCUCCUUCUGCCGGACCUUUGCCUGGCCACAUAAACACCUUCCUCAAAGCAUGAGCACGCGAACAUCAAGCCAAGCCAGCUUGCCGUAUUGAUAACAUGCCUAUCUGGGAGUCCGCAUUCGCUCCGCAAGAGCUUGCAGAUGCAACCUGGGUGCCGCCGAGACGAGAAGCUGCUGCGAAGGACACUACAGAGCGAGAUGGUCAGGACAAGGGCUUACAAUACCCCCCAGGUGACGCUAAGAAGGGUGCCAACCUCUUCAAAACGAGAUGCGCUCAAUGCCACACCGUUGUCGAGUCAGAAGGCAACAAGAUCGGUCCUAACCUACACGGUCUUUUCGGUCGCCACACUGGCUCAGUCGAAGGUUUCUCCUACACAGAUGCCAACAAGCAAAAGGGCAUCGAAUGGAACGAGAACACUUUGUAUGAAUACCUGGAAAACCCAAAGAAAUACAUUCCGGGCACCAAGAUGGCCUUCGGUGGUCUCAAGAAGGGCAAGGACCGAAAUGAUCUGAUCACCUGGUUGCGCGAGGAGACCAAGAAAUAAACGCAAUCCUCCCUGUCCUCUGCCAAUCACCAGGCGAACCCGGUUGUGGCUCAAUCUCUUUGUUUUUGCGGCGGAAAGGUCGGCUGCUGUAUCAUCAAAGACGGCGAAGGCGCACAUUUACCUAAUCAGAUCAUUGGAUUCGGAAUUUGCACUUGCAUACCGAGACUUCGAUGAGGAACCCCGGAGAAGCCGGGUAGAAGAAGCUCUACUGUACAUAACCUCCCUUGUUUCCUUCUAGGCGUACCUGCGUUCUCGCAUGCGACAAGGCAGAAUAGCUGCGAAGGACACACUAUCAAGCAACUACCUCUCUGCUCAAAGCAUACUUCCGUCAUUUCACUUGCGCAGGUACCAUCUUCAUCCCCAACUGCCAGUCCCGUUUGGAACACUCUCGGACAAAAAGGCUGAUAAGCGAGAGAUGGCCCUCUGGUCUGCCGGUACCUCCAAUGACUGCGUUUAGAGAAUCUAGAGACGCGACCUUCCGGCCGCCCUUGCAUCAGGAA